AUGAAGACCGCCGUUAUCGUGCUCGCCCUCGUCGGCUGCUCAUCAGCCUUCUUGUUCCCAAGCGCCGGAGGAGGCGGUGGUUGCUGGUAAGUAUUGAAACUUAAGUUCUUCCUUUAGUAUUUGGUCGCAGCUUUUUGUUAUUAGACUUUAAUUUCGUUUUUAAAUAAUUUUGUAAUUGUUAUAUAUUCAGCCCUCCACCAGCCCCAGCUUGCGGAUGUGGAGCUCCUCCACCACCACCACCAGCUCCAGCCUGCGGAUGUGCCCCACCAGCUCCAUCAUGCGGAUGCGGUGCUCCACCACCACCCCCACCACCACCACCAAGCCCAUGCGGAGGAUCCUUCGCCGCCGUUAGUGGAUGCGGAACCGGUGCAGGCCCAGCUGCCGGAGGAUACGCCACUGCUCCAGCCGCCGGAGGCUUCGGAGGAGUCGGAGGUGGAUUCGGAGGCGUCGGAGGUGGAUACGCCGCCGUCCCAGCCUUGAACGCUGCCCCAGCCCCAAUCGGAGGAGGAUACCAAGCCGGCCCAGCUUUGAACGCCGCUCCAGCCCCAAUUGGAGGAGGUUACCAAGCUGCCCCAGCCUUGAACUCCGCCCCAGCCGUCGGAGGAUACCAAGCCGCUCCAGCUGUCAACUCUGCCCCAGCUGUCGGAGGUUACCAAUCUGCCCCAGUUGAAGCCCCAGUCCAACAACAAGGAGGAUACCAAUCUGCUCCAGUCGAAGCCCCAGUCCAACAACAAGGAGGCUACCAGUCUGCCCCAGUUGAGGCUCCAGUCCAACAACAAGGUGGAUACCAAUCCGCCCCAGUGGAAGCCCCAGUUCAGCAACAAGGAGGUUACCAAUCUGCCCCAGUCGAAGCUGCUCCAGUCGCUGGAAACAGCUACGCCGGACGCAAAUAA